AUGCAACUUAAAAGAUUUUUGGUAUUGAUCUUGAGUAGUCCCGUUUGGGCUACUGUGACAGUAACUUCCACUAGAGAUUAUAGGAUAGCUACACAAACAACCCAAAGUGGUGCUCGUAUCACCAAUGAUCAAGCUAACUCAAGUGCUACUGGCCAAACCACAGCAAUUACUAGUUGUCAUUUUCAUGGAUCUACUCAGUUCUGUGUUGAUGGACAAGGUAGAGAGGGCUCUGUUGUUCCUGCUCCUUCAAAUACAAAAGAUGCUCCCAGUGAAUACACUGGUUGUCAUGCACAUGAAACUGAUACUUUCUGUAUGAAUGGCGAUGAUGAAGUUCAAUUUGCUGCUGAGCUGGAGUCGUCUUCUUCUUCUUCCUCUUCAUCUGGUGGUAAGAAAAACUGUCAUUUCCAUGCUGGUGUUGAACAUUGUCUUGCUGAAGGUGAAUCAGAACAUGGCAGUAAACUGGCCCAAUCUUGCGAAAGAGUUGACCGGGAUUACAAUAUACCUUUGAGAAUUGGUCUUUUAUUUGUUAUUUUGGCCACAUCUGCCAUUGGGGUAUUUGGCCCUAUUUUAUUAACCAGGUUUACAAACUUUUCAACUGAUUCGAACGUUAUUGUUAUAAUUAAACAAUUUGGAACUGGGGUAAUUGUGUCAACGGCUUUUGUUCAUUUAAUUACCCAUGCAGAGUUAAUGUGGGGGAACUCAUGUAUUAGUUUACAAUAUGAAUCAACUGCUUCCGCAAUCACUAUGGCUGGGAUAUUUUUGGCAUUUUUAAUUGAAUACGUUGGUACUAGAGUUGUGAAAAAUAGCAUUGAUAAGCGCUCAGCUCAGAAUUCUUCUGACCAUGAAGAUCAAAAGGAUAUUAAUAGCAGUGAAGAGAACACUGUUCCCGUUCAUAAUCACAACCACCAUUUUCAUGGAUCAGCUCUUCAAGAUAAACUUUCAGUUAUGCUUUUAGAAGCGGGUAUAGUUUUCCAUUCUAUUUUAAUUGGGAUCACUUUGGUAGUUGCAGGUGAUUCUUUUUUCAUUACAUUAUUCAUUGUUAUUUUAUUCCAUCAAAUGUUUGAAGGUCUCGCUUUAGGUUCUAGAAUUGCAGAGUUGAAGGAUGCAAAGCUUUUAUCAAAAUUAUUAAUGGCUUCAGUAUUUGCAGUAAUUACCCCAAUUGGUAUGGCAAUCGGUAUUGGUACUUUAAAAAAAUUUAAUGGUAAUGAUCCAAGUACUGUUAUUGCAUUAGGUACUUUAGAUUCAUUUUCUGCGGGUGUUCUUAUUUGGACUGGGCUUAUUGAAAUGUGGGCUCAUGAUUGGCUCUUCGGUAGUUUAGCCAAUGCUCCAAUGAUAAAAACCUCUCUUGCUUUUGUUGCUUUAGUAGCUGGGAUGAUACUCAUGAGUGUUUUAGGUAAAUGGGCAUAA